AUGAAUACUUUAUAUGGGUAUAUGAUUGAUAAGAAAUUGGCAUUUCCAGUGAUCCAGAAGGAGGUUAGAAGGCUAUGGAAGAAUGUGGGUCUUGAAGAGGUGUUUAUGAAUAAUAAAGGGUUCUUCUUUUUUAAAUUUAGUGAUGAACAGGGGAUGUUAUCUAUUCUUGAAGGAAGUCCAUGGCUAAUGUUCAAUAAUAUGCCUUUAUUCCUUCAAAGAUGGAGACCAGGUUUGACUUUAACUAAAAAUAGACAUGAUAAGAUUCCAGUUUGGGUCAAAAUUUAUGAUUUACCUUUGGAGGUUUGGAGUGGGGAUAAUCUGUGCAUUAUUGCUAGUAAAUUGGGAAUUCCUCUUGCUUUUGAUUCUUUUACUGAAGAGAUGUGUUUGGAACAUAAGGGGAGGAAUGCUUAUGCUAGAAUCCUUAUCGAAAUGUCAGCUGAUAAAGAAUGGAAGAGGAACAUUGAUAUCUCAACUUGGGAUUUUGUAACUAAUUCUGCUGUGAUUCAAAGCUUUGAUGUGGAAUAUGCUUGGAUGCCUUCUAGAUGCGGUCACUGUAAGGUGUUUGGGCACAUAGAUAAGGCAGUGGGAUUAGCAAGGAGGAUAAAGGAAAAAAAUGUGAUUGAUGAUGAAGGAUUUACUGAAUUUACUAAUAAGAAAAAUAAGAAUCUUAAAGAUGGAGAAGGCACAAGUAAUUCAGUGAGGAAAGCUGCUAAUAUAGUUAAUCAGAAAAGUAAUGGGAAGAGUAAUUUCUCAAGAGUGGGAAAUAAUUUUAGGGGACAAUAUGGGAACAGAGGUGGAAAUGGUUAG